AUGACAACUUCUCUUAACACCAUCAUUAAGGGAAGCUUAGAGGGAAAGAAUGCCAAGCUCAUUUUGACUGGGGAGAACCGAUGCACUGACCAGAAAAGGGACAUGGAGGGUACCGUGAAUUUCAAGUCCAACUUCAAGGGAAUGCGAGCUGUUAAUCUACGUCUUUCUCACAAUGAUGAUUUCAGAAAGUUUGUGACUGACAUUGCUCUGGAUGUCAAUGGCGAUCAAUACACCUAUGAUUUGGAUAUGGACCAUGCAAGAUCUGGAUGGCAGUUCCAAAACACCGGUAAGCUCACACUCUCUUCUCCAAGCUACCGGUUCACCAACAACUGGCAACACAGGAAUACUCACAAUGACGUGAAAAGUACAAUGACAACCGAAUGGGGCAGGGGCCGACGCAUCUUUGUCAACAUAUUUGGAAACCAUGCUUCAACCACCAGAACAAAGGCCUUGGGAGGAGUAACCAUUGAAACUCCAUGGAAACCAAUCCGCAGUCUUGACAUCAACCUUGACCAUGAACACGGAAGAGGUUUUAUCCGCCACUCCUCUAACAUCAAGCAAGGAGAGGAUAUUAUUGGGUCAGCAGGAAUCAACUACAUUAGAUCUGAUGGGCAAACAGAGUCGGACUUUACACUGGCAUCACCUGUGACCGACCUCAAAGGGAAGAUAAGUGCUCGCUAUCUUACUUAUCCACUUUCAGGACAUGCUGAAUUAGAAUGGUCUCCAUAUAACAAAAUGUCGCUUGAUGGUUCCUUUGCUGCUCCAUCUAAAGAGAAUAUUGAAACAAGUCUACGGAUGACAAGUCCUUUUGAAAACUUCAGAGACAUUGUCUUGAAGGCAUCUCACAAGAGGGAAGGAUCUGAUUUGAUAUCAAGAGGAAGUUUCAGCUAUGACAUCAGAAAGGCCUUUGAAUUUGAAGCACACAUUACUCCUGACACCCUGAACAAUUAUCGGGCAACACUGAAGACGCCUUUUGAUGACUACAAAUCUUUUGAGGCAGCACUUUCAUACGAUGGUGGCAGGAGAAACUUCAUGAGCAAAGCUAACUUUGCUAUCACUCCUGUUUUGGGAAACUUUGCUGGGAUCUUGAACUGGAACCUCGACGACAUGAAUGGAAAGAUGAGGAUAGAUACUCCAUUCCCUGACUAUCAGUACGUGCAGGUGUUUGCCAGCAGUCAACUUACAGGCAAGGGGAGACGCUCACACAUUGAAACAGAAUACUAUCCAAGGAAAACUGUUAGCCUUGAUGCUGUCUAUGCAUUUGGAACCCCCAUUAUCAUGGACGUCACCAUCAAGACUCCAUUUGAAAACAUGGAACACAUGAGUGCAUCCCUAAAACAUGCUCUCAGAAGACGCUCUCUACAAACACAUGCUGAUGUUACGUUUGCGUCUGACAGCAACUUGGCUGGCGAUCUGAAACUGAACUGGGCAAAGGGAUAUGAUGGCAGUCUGGUCAUCACCACACCUUUCCAUGGUUAUGAAAUCAACAAGCUAUCUGUCAGACAUGAGGGCACUUGGGAUGAUUUCAAGAGUCACGGAGAAAUUCAAAUGACAAGGAAAACUGGAGAAGUCGACCUUGAUUUCCGUCAUGGCUUUAGAUCAACUGGGACAUUCACACUCAAGACACCAUUUAAUGGCAUGGAAGAAACUAAAGUUUCACUUAACAAACGUGGCCUUUGGAAUAACAUACGAGGCGGUAUCAUCAUCACCUAUGGAAGAGAUCAAACAAUUGACAUCUCUGGCCAGAACAGAUUUUCCAAUGGACGCCUGGACACAACACUUCUUGUCAAAUCCCCCUUUUCCGAUAACAUCAAAUUUGGCAUAGAUCAUGAUGGCCAACUAAGAAGCUUCUCAACUAAGGUAUCUGGAGCUGUUGGAUCACGACACUCCUUCAACUCAGAAUCAGCAUUCACUUUCAGGUAUCCAUUGAUAGAUGUAUCUACCACCUUUGCCCUCACAAGAGAUUGGAGGAGCAGAAACAUUGGACUCAAGCUUCACAAAGAAGGCUACAUUAGUGACAUGAACGCCAAAGCAACUGGAAUUCUGGACAAUGAACAAGUUGAUGUGUCCUUUAUACUUAAGACUGAUGGCAAAUAUGAAGGAUCUCUCACCAUGCAGACACCAUUUGAAGACUACAAAGAUGUUGGACUCUCUCUUCAACAUUCUGGAAACGUGCAGAGGUUUACAAGUCAAGGCACUAUCAGGUACAUGGAUGGCAAGUCUCUGGAGGGCACCCUGACUUUCUGGCAAUCUGGCCUGGCUCAUAUUGAUACCAAAGCAGAAAUCAAGACUCCCUUCCUGGGAUAUGAAUCUUCCCUUCUCAAAUACCGCCAUUCAAUGGAUGAUUCUCAAAUGACAUCAAAUGCUCUCGUUCUCUAUGGACGUGGACAACGAAUUACAUCUGAUCUUAAUAUCCAAACAUCACCUAAGAUCAGCUUUGAUCUAACUGUUCAAACACCCUACGACAGAUUCCAAAACAAUAAACUUAUGUUUACUCAUUCUGGGCCUAUUGUCAGCUGCACAAGUCAUGCGGAAAUGGAACUCCUGGGCAAUACAGUCACUGCAGAUUCAUCAUUUGAACACGGAACGUCCACCAGAGCCAGUCUCUCCAUCAUCACUAACAUCGAGGGUAUGGAAGUGGUCAAGGCAUCUCUCAACAAGGAGGGAAGCAGCGAGAACUUUAGAGGUACUGCUUCAGCCUCCCUGAAGGAUUCCACCAUUCAAGCCGAUGUCACAGGUAGAAUUGCACAAGACAUCAGAGGAAGCCUUUCUCUUAGAACCCCCCUUCAGUGA